AUGGAAAAUCAAUAAAUUAAUUUAUAAUCUUUAUUAAGGAGAUUAAAAACAUUCAAUAUAUUACCAUAUUCUUAAUUGAAUGAAAUUAAAUCAUAUACAAUAGAUAGAAAAUUAAGAAAAUAUAAAGUUGAUACAGUCAAAAUUUAUUCAAUACUUUUCUAAUAUACAUGUUCAAUUUGUAAAGGGAGUGUGAAAUGGCAAUAAAAUAAAAUAUAUUAAUGUGAAAGUUGUUUAUCUUUUGUUGAUUUAAAAGAUUGUGUUUGGGAAAUUUUAGCAUUGGUUUAAGUAAGAGUGGGUACACAGAUGGCAUUAUUAAAAUUAAGAGAUCGUCUUGUUCUUGAAUUUUUUGAAAUAUCUCCAUUUUAUGAAUAAUUUUUAUAGAAUUACAGUCUCACUACAGGUAUUUCUAUAUAGAUAAUUAGAAAAUAAUUCUUUAAGAUAGGAAUUAAUAGAGGAUGAUGAGAAAUUAAAAUAUCUUAAUAGUGCUUUCUAUAAGACAUUUAUUUGUAAAGAGAUUUUGGGAUAGGCAUAUUGUGAUUUUAUUAAGACAGCAAAAACUAAGUAUAAUAUUUAAUUUAUAUAUUCUUAGAGAGAAGUGGAAAUAAAUUAAUAAAUUAAAAAAAUAACAAUUAUAAUAAAUGAAUUUUGAUUUUGAAUACAAAUUUAUUGAUUAUUAAGUUUGGAUUGAAAAAAAUGAAUAUGAAAAAUUAAUCAUAUUUCCUAAUGGUGCAUAUGAAUAAGUUGUGAAAAAUAACAAUUCAGAAAAAUGGUAUGAGAAUCGAGUAUUGGAACCUUUAAUUUGUUUAGAAUGUUUUGGAGUUUAAAAUGUUAGUAUCAAUUAUUAUAAAUACAUAGCAUCUGCUAUAUAAUGA